AUGGGUGCCACCAGUAACAAGUACUCGGUCAUUCUGCCGACCUACAACGAACGGAGGAACCUCCCUAUUAUUAUCUGGCUGCUUCAGAAGACCUUCAACGAGAACAAGUUGGAUUGGGAGGUUAUCAUUGUUGACGAUGGCUCUCCUGACGGCACCCUCGAGAUCGCAAAGCAGCUCCAGAAGCUCUAUGGCCCCGAGCACAUCAUCCUGAAGCCUCGCGCAGGCAAGCUCGGUCUGGGAACCGCCUACGUGCACGGCCUCCAGUUUGUCACCGGCAACUUCGUCAUCAUCAUGGACGCCGACUUCAGUCACCACCCCAAGUUCAUCCCCGAGAUGGUCCGCAUUCAGAAGGAGAGCGACGCCGACAUUGUGACCGGUACCCGCUACGCCAACCGUGGAGAUAUCAAGGGUGGUGUCUAUGGCUGGGAUCUGUUCCGGAAGUUCACAUCGCGGACUGCGAACAUGAUUGCCGAUGUCAUGCUAAUGCCCGGCGUCAGCGAUUUGACUGGUAGCUUCCGCCUGUAUAAAAAGGCGGUCCUCGACAAGGUCAUUACCAGCACUCAGAGCAAGGGUUAUAGUUUCCAGAUGGAGAUGAUGGUCCGUGCCAAGGCUAUGGGAUACAAGGUGGAGGAGUGCCCUAUCACUUUUGUCGACCGUCUCUACGGAGAGAGCAAGCUGGGUGGCAGCGAGAUUGUCGAGUAUCUCAAGGGUGUAUUCACUCUAUGGCUGAAGGUUUAA